CGGAACCUGCAGCGGGUGUCGGAGGCUUCUAAAAAGCUGGUGGCAGCGGCCCUGCCUCUGUCUGUGGAUGUCAGGCAGCCCCAAACCAUUGUGGCAGCGGUGGAUGAGGCGCUGAAGGAGUUCAAGCGGAUUGACAUCCUCGUUAACGGUGCUGCAGGAAACUUUCUGUGCCCAGCCAGCGCCCUGUCCUUCAACGCCUUCAAGACUGUGAUAGAUAUUGACACCAUUGGCACCUUCAACACCUCCAAAGUCCUCUUUGAGAAAUAUUUCCGGGACCACGGUGGGGUCAUCGUUAACAUCACGGCAACCCUGAGCUACCGAGGGCAGGCCCUCCAGGUGCACGCUGAUGCCAUGACUCGUCACCUUGCUGUGGAGUGGGGACCCAACAAUAUCCGAGUGAACAGCUUGGCACCGGGGCCCAUUACAGGCACCGAGGGUUACCGGCGGCUGGGUGGGAAAUUUGCCGAGGAAGCAAGCCUGUUCGACACAAUCCCCCUCCAGCGCGCGGGGAACAAGACGGAGAUUGCCCACAGCACGCUGUACCUGGCAAGCCCCCUGUCCUCCUACGUGACGGGCACCACCCUGGUUGUGGAUGGCGGGAGCUGGCUGACCUCUGCCAACAACUUCCCCGCCUUGCUGGGUAUUGCUUCAUCCUCUGCUAAACUCUAG